AUGCAUAUGGGUUCACCUCAGAUGUUGUCUGCUGAAGCGCAGGCAUUCAAUCGAGUCCCAAAUCAGCGACUGGCUCAGAACAGUUCUCAGGUAUCUGGACAUGGCCAGGGGCAAAACCAGGGACAAGGGCACCCGCAGUUUCAAAUUCCAAAUCAAUCACAAGGACAGAAUCAAAUCCAAGGAAGGUCAGGCCAAAUUACUCCAAUACAAGGACAAAGCUUAUCAGGAACAGAGACGACAGGAGGUACUUUUGAUCAGACUGGAAACGCAAUUGAUUCUCCAUUCCAGUCAUUUCUAUCAACGCUUGGUGAAUCACCUAAUUUCAUGGCGAAUAGUGGACUUGGAAAUGAAUCCAAGUUCUUUACUCCUAGCCCAGCUUCACUAAACAUUGCUUCACCAAUAACAACCGAUCAAAAUAAUAGCCAAGGCCAACAGACAUCAUCGACCAACUCUGGAGCUUCAACAAGACCAGCAAUUCAGAUUGCGUAUGCAAAUACUCCUCCCAUUUCCCAAACACAAUCCAUUAACAACAGCCUGCUUAAUCCAGACCAAACGAAACCCGCACCCACAAAUGACACUCAGAAUGCAUCAAUAUAUAGGGGAGGUACCAGUGUAAUAGCCAAUUCAUCUUUAGAUGCAGCUAAUAGGAGGAGUGAUCAUAUGGAUGAAGGCAUCAGACAGCAUCUCAACUCGGCGAAAUACCUGGUAUUCCUGCCUGCUCAUAAGGAGACGGUAUUAUAUGACAUGAGAGGAAAUCGGACUGAAAUCGAUCUGACUGUGUCCUUGUCAGGUAACUUUUUCCUUAGUGAGCCUCAUCCAUCGUCUUCGUCUGCGAAUGAUAACGAGUCGUCCAACGGUACUGCUAAUGGCGCCGACAGUGGCACUGCUAGCACCACUGCUGGUGGAGGGACCAACACCCCAUCCAUCAAACAAGAGCCACAAGCAAACGAUGCUAAAAGCUCGCCUGAACUGUCUUCUAAUGAAUCUCCUACGUCGGAGAAAAAGGACUUCAAGGACUUGAUGAAAUACGACUUGACAUUUUAUCGAAGAAAUCUGUUCCACGUCAGUGCAACUGUCUCAAAUGCCCACAAUGCCAUAUACGCAGGAAAUUCCGAGAAUCCAUUGCUACGAUCACGAAUUUUAUCGCUCUCGUUAGCAGUUAAUGUGUUGGAUGAUAAAACUCCUAAACAGCUGCUUUGCUGUGGACCAAAGUCUAAUUUUGGAGCCAAUGAUCCAAAAGCAGAGAGCCAAGAGCCUGCUGUUAAAUUGAUUUAUCCCAAGAGUUCUGGAUAUGAUGAAGUUGUUAAUUGGAAACGGUUACAAUUCCGCACAGCCACAGCUCAUAACGGUCGUAAACGACUGCAAAACUACUUUUCAGUUUGUGUUUCGGUAUACGCUGAAUUAGAGAAUGCUCAACGAGUAGCUCUGGUAAAAAGUUAUUCACGGCCAAUUGUAGUCCGGGGAAGAAACCCACGAUUCUAUCAGAACCGUGAUAAUAUUUUCAUUCCCGAUGGCUCUGCUAGUAGGGGUCCUUUCAUGGGCGGCAUGGAUAGGAAACUUCUAAGUAACACGUUCAAAUCAGAAGAAGCCGAGGAAAAACCUCUCAGUCCAAUGAAAUCUGUUAAUAACAAUAACACAAAUCAACCUGCCCCACAACCUUCUCAAGAACGGGUUGGAAGCGUGGGUAGUGGUACUGCCAAACCUGUGACUGUGAAACAAGAGCAAUGGAACACAAGUUCUGAUACUAGCAAUACCAAAGCAUCUGCUGCUGGUACUGGCGCACUGUCACUUGGAGAAGAUGAUGCCCAUUCAGACGACAGCCCUGGUUAUGUGCUCAAAAUGAAUCCUGCUGACGACGGACUGUCUCCUAAAAACAAAUCAGGAGCUCAGAACCGUGACAUCGACUAUGAGUAUUUUCCGAUGCCUCUCAACUACUGGCUACCACCUGUCGAGGUUGUAUAUUGGCCACAUUCAAUCCACCAUCCUCUAAAACCACUCUCGAACCAACCACAAGGAAAACAGGCACAACAGCUACCGAUACAGUCGCAGCUCAAGUCUGACCGACACCCCAAAAGAUACUUUUCUGCUGUGGACUAG